UGUUAGUAUUGUAUGUUAUUGAUUAUUUGUUGUUUGUGAUAGCUUCAUGAUUCUUUGUAAAAUAGGAAAGCAAAAAUAUUCUCAGUGUUUUUUUUGUUGGGUUUUUCUCUGUGAUCAUUUGAGACUUGAUUAUUUUAUUUCUAUGAUUGUCAAAUUUUGGGUAUUGUGAUAUCAUGAUAUGUUAUUUUUUUGUGAAAUGGUGUGGCGUAUUAAAGUAAAAUUAGUAUAUAUCUCUUUUUCAAAUGUCAAAGAGAUUAUUUUACAGCUUACAAGAAAUAUGAUUAAAAAUAGUGGAGGAUUGGUAUAAAAUGUGUGAUAUUAUGUUUCCUUUGUUAAUCUCCACUUGGGUUCCUUAUUGACUGUUGUAUUUGUUUUAGAUGUUUGAUUUAUGGUGCACUUGUGCAUGUUUUAUAGUUUGUAGUUUGUAGUUUGGACCUUCUGAUCGGUGUUACAUAAUUCGCGAUACAAAAAUGGGUAUAAAAACGUAAUUGACUUGCUAAAUUUGUUAGAUUAGCCCAAAAGUAUACCACUUGCAUGUAACAAUUUGUCUAUUUCGGGUAACAGUUUGCGGAUUUAGCGAAUUAGGUAAUUUUCCUUUUCCAUAUUUAAUUUGAUGAGCAUUGAUGUAAUUUCUCAUAGUUGUUGUGGUUAGUCGAUUUGAUGCUACUUGGUAAACAUGGUUUGUUGAGUGAGUAAUGGGAGCUCAAACUUUCAUGCUUCUUUAGCAAUAAUCUGUGGAAGGUUUUAAUCUAAGCACAUUGUGCUACUGAAAAAAUGAGAACUUUUUGAGAUGGUCAAUGAUGACUGCUAUGAAUUUUAUUUUUCAUUGAAUUGAUUUAUCACUUUUGCAACUGCCAGCUGGCCUUUACUGUUGUAUAUUCUACAGUUCUACACCUUAUUUUAUUUUUCAUGAAAUUGAUUGAUCCAUGUAUUCUUGGCUGUGUAUUGAUUUUCCUUCCUAUCUUAGAUGUUAUUUUCUUAACUGUUCUGGUGAUUUUUAUUACUUGGUGGAAAUGACUGGUCUACAAUUAUGAAUUAUGAGCUAUAUACCUUGAAAGAUUUAGCAUUCUCAGUUAAGAAUGAUAUACAUGAAAUGGGCUUAUUGGAGUAUAUAGCUCUGAGAGGAGUAAAUGGGAGAAAUUUUGUGGACGGCCAUAGGAAAUAAAUUUUUGUUGACCGACCCCAUAGUUUGGCAUCAAAGCUUUGGCAUAGGUGUUGUUGUAGUAGUUCAGGAAAGCCUAUACUGUACAUCCUGAGUGUUCCAUACACCCAAAGCCAUAUUUUUUGCUUAUUACACAUUAUUUGCUAAUUUGGAGCUCUAUGAAUGAGAAAUGAUCAAAGAAUACGUUUGGCUGUAUGGUACACCGGAGUAUAUAGUAUAAAUUGCAUAUUUAAGUGAACAACUCAUGUCAUGGAGCCUUUUGUUUGCGAUACAUUAUCUUCUGACUGAUACCAAUUAGCAGUUAGCAAGAGGAAAUCGUAUCUUGUCGCAGCAUUUUUGUAUUUCAUCCUGUAUGACUAUAUUGAUUUAAUUUACAAUGAUACAACUUAUUUUUUGAUGGAUGAAUUUCUGUUGGUUUAAGAUUUGUUGACAAGAUCAGGGAGAUCCCACGAUUCAUUCUUAUAGACAUGGGGUUUGCAUUUUUCCUCCAAAAGAGUUUGCCUCCAUUUGAAGCUUUUUAGAAUUAUUUGCUGCUGCAAUGGGUGGAGUUUGUUCAAGGAAGAGAGGUAAUCAGGUUAAUGAAGAUGGUGUGCGUGUAGGGGUCAAUAGAAGAUACUGUAAAAAUGGUAGUUCAAAAUGGUUACAGGGCACCCCAUUUUUUAGGACGACAUCUGGUUGUCAACCAGAGGAUGUUAGUUGCCCCUCUUUGAUGGAGUUAUGCAUCCAUAAAGCUCGCCAGGAUAUUGAUAAAUAUAGCUCAUUUUCGGUGCUGCCAAGAGAUAUAAGUCAGCAAAUAUUUGAUGAAUUAGUCCUUUCAAAUUGCUUAACUGAAACUUCACUUGAAGCUUUCCGAGACUGUGCUCUCCAGGAUAUCUAUCUGGGAGAUUAUCUUGGAGUUGACGAUGGUUGGAUUGACGUAAUCUCUUCGCAGGGAUCGUCUUUACUAUCUGUAGAUCUUUCUGGUUCUGAUGUGACAGAUUCUGGGUUGGCUCUUCUAAAAAGUUGCUCAAAUCUUCAAGCUUUGACUUUCAAUUACUGUGAUCAUAUCUCACAAAAUGGCCUAAGGCAUCUUAAUGGGCUUUCAAACCUAUCUUCCUUGAGUUUUAGGAGGAGCGUAGCUGUAACUGCUGAAGGCAUGCGUGCUUUCUCCAGCUUAGUCAACUUGCAUGAAUUGGAUCUUGAGAGAUGCUCUGGGAUUCAUGGUGGUUUUAUUCAUCUUAAAGGUCUCAAGAAGCUCAAGACUCUUAACAUUCGGUAUUGUAAAUGCGUUACAGACUCAGAUAUGCAGGCCCUUUCAGAAUUAUCCAACUUGAAGGAACUUCAAGUUUCUUGCAGCAGCAUUACUGAUGCCGGCGUUGCUUAUUUGAAAGGGUUGCAGAAUCUUAUCUUGUUGAACCUGGAAGGUUGCCAGCUUAGUGCUGCGUGUUUGAAUUCUAUUUCAGCUCUUGUGGCUCUGUCAUAUCUGAACCUAAGCAGAUGCGGCUUGUCUGAUCAUGGGUGUGAUAAGCUUUCUGGACUUAAGAAUUUGAAGGUGCUCAACCUGGCCUUCAACAACAUAACAGAUGCAUGUUUGGUUCAUCUAAAAGGUUUAUCAAAUUUGGAAACUUUGAACCUAGACUCCUGUAGAAUUCGUGAUGAAGGACUUGCUAACCUGGCAGGACUUUUGCUACUGAGAAACUUGGAGUUAUCAGAUACAGAAGUUGGAAGCAGUGGACUACGGUAUCUAAGUGGUUUGCUGAACCUCGAGAGCAUAAAUUUGUCUUUCACUUUGGUCACCGAUGCUGGUUUGAAGAAGCUGUCUGGUUUAAGUUCUCUCAAGUCACUAAACCUUGAUGCUCGCCAAAUUACAGAUGUUGGUUUAGCAGCAUUGGCAAGUCUGUCUGGCUUGACUCAUUUAGAUCUUUUUGGGGCACGAAUAACGGACUCAGGGACGCAAUAUUUGCGCUGUCUCAAAAAUCUCCAGUCACUUGAAAUAUGUGGUGGAGGCUUGACAGAUGCCGGGGUGAAGAACAUCAAAGAUCUUACUUCUCUUACACUGCUUAACCUAUCUCAAAACUGCAACCUCACUGACAGGACCCUGGAAUUGCUUUCUGGAUUGACGGGAUUGGUAUCUUUGAAUGUUUCAAAUUCCCGUAUAACAAAUGACGGGUUGCAACACUUGAAGCCUUUAAAGAACUUGCGGUCAUUGACGUUAGAGUCCUGCAAGGUGACUGCACCUGAGAUAAGGAAGCUCCAGACGUCCGCCCUUCCUAAUCUGAUCAGCUUCCGUCCUGAAUAAGAUCUUGCUGCAACUGUAAAUAGCUUAUUUCUGCCUUGGCUGGCAUUGUAUAUAUUGACGGGUGGGGAGGAAUAAAUUUUACUUCUAAAUUAAGAUUAUGAUUAUGAUUAUGAUUACGAUUAUGAAAUGAAUGGGAGCCGUGAUCUUGAGAAGAAACUUUGAUGGAUUAUUGUAAAUAGUUUGUUUUCAAUGCAAUAGCCAUGCAUCUGAACCCUUGUAUAUAAUGCUUUCAGUAGAAAAAAAAAAUGGAAGUGGUAUCAUUUAGAUGUUGGCACAAAACACUAUGUUUUUUAUAUCAAUAUUUGAAUUUCAACUUGA